UCUUAAUUGUAUUUUAUGCCUUGCAGCCUAAAUUUCAAAGAUCCAGAAGCUGUGAGAGCUCUGACCUGUACUCUCUUGAAAGAAGACUUUGGACUUACAAUUGAUAUACCAUUGGAGAGGCUUAUCCCUACUGUUCCUUUGAGGCUUAACUAUAUUCAUUGGGUGGAAGAUCUUAUUGGUCAUCAAGAAGGUGAUAAACAAGCUCUUAGAAGGGGAAUUGACAUAGGUACAGGGGCAUCUUGCAUCUACCCAUUACUAGGGGCCACUUUGAAUGGCUGGUAUUUCCUGGCAACAGAAGUGGAUGAUAUGUGCUUCAAUUAUGCAAAGAAAAAUGUGGAACAGAAUAAUUUAUCUGAGCUUAUAAAAGUGGUUAAAGUACCACAGAAGACCCUUCUAAUGGAUGCUCUAAAAGAGGAAUCUGAAAUCAUUUACGACUUUUGCAUGUGCAACCCUCCCUUUUUUGCCAACCAAUUGGAAGCCAAGGGAGUGAAUUCUCGAAAUCCUCGACGACCUCCUCCUAGCUCUGUGAACACUGGGGGGAUCACAGAGAUCAUGGCUGAAGGGGGAGAACUAGAAUUUGUCAAAAGAAUCAUCCAUGAUAGUCUGCAGCUUAAAAAAAGAUUGCGGUGGUACAGCUGCAUGCUGGGCAAGAAAUGCAGUUUAGCUCCAUUAAAAGAAGAACUUCGAAUCCAAGGGGUUCCUAAAGUAACCCACACUGAAUUCUGUCAAGGCCGUACCAUGAGGUGGGCACUGGCAUGGAGUUUCUAUGAUGAUGUCAGAGUGCCUUCACCUCCCUCUAAAAGAAGGAAGUUAGAAAAGCCCCGGAAGCCAAUUACAUUUAUAGUGUUGGCAUCCACAAUCAAAGAGUUAUCCACCAAGGCUUCAGCUAUGGGUUGGGAUGUUGUGGAAGGCAUAGCAGUGGUUACAAAGUGGAUAGAAAAAAUACUGACUGACCUGAAGGUUCAGCAUAAGUAUGUUCCCUGUGGAAAAGAUGAAGUUAGUCUGUUUUUAACAGCCAUUGAAAACUCUUGGGUUCAUUUAAGAAGAAAGAAACGAGAAAGAGUAAGACAACUACGAGAACUUCCUCGAGCUUCUGAAGAUAUUCUGCAAGCAAUGGAAGAGGAGAAGAACAGUCAGAAAGACUCAAAAAAACCUGCAGAGAAUGAGCAAAACAAGACUGAAAAUUCUGAAAUGGGAUCAGUGAUGCUUGAUGAGGAUGUCAACUCAGCCAAGAAUGACAUGCAAAGGGAAGAUUCUCCUGUUAAAGAACAAAACAAUGAGGAACUCAUGGAAGAGGAGGAUAUAGAAGCAAAACAAGCAGAAACAUUAGUUUGUGAAGACUCCAGUGAUGCAAAGGAGGAGCCUGAUGCUUCAGAAGAUGUUGGCAAUCUAAAAGAACUAGGUCCCAAAGGAACCAUUGGACAUUUUCUUUUUAAGUGUUUAAUAAAUGUGAAGAAAGAAGGGGAUGAUGCAUUAGCAGAGAUGCACUGGGUUGAAGGACAGAACAGAGAUUUAAUGAAUCAACUGUGCACCUACCUACGAAAUCAGAUUUUUCGACUGGUUGCUAGUUAGCCUUCUUCAGAGUAUAGUAGAAAUCAAUUCUGGAUUUUGUUGAUGUAAUCCUCUUUUUAAUAGUCUAAAAGAAACUUAGAGAUAGCAAUGUUUUAAAAAAA